AUGGGUAUAACAGGUCUGUUGCCGUUAUUGAAACCAGCUUCGCGUGAUGCUAAUAUAACAGAAUUUAACGGAUGUACAGCUGCCGUUGACACCUAUUGUUGGAUAUACCGUGGAUGUUUCGGAUGUGCAGAUAAGAUUGCUCAAGGAACACCAUGCUCCGGUUACGUACGCUACGUGUCAAAAUAUGUCACUUUAUUACUACAGUCUGGUAUUAAACCAAUUAUGGUAUUUGAUGGCUCUCCGCUACCGUCAAAGAGGGGCACAGAAAUGAAACGACGAGCAGAAAAAGACAUUAAUCGGCUACGUGCUCAAGACGCUAUUAAAAGUGGCAAACAAACGGAUGCAUUAACUUUCUAUCGUCGAUCAAUUGAUGUCACAUCAGAAAUUGUAUUAGAAAUUAUUCAAGCUUUAAGAAAGAUGGGUGUUGAUUGCCUUGUUGCACCAUACGAAGCCGAUGCACAACUUGCAUAUUUAAAUUUAUCAGGAAUUGCUGAUGUAGUUAUUACUGAAGAUUCAGAUCUUGUUUUAUUUGGAUGUAAGUUGAUAUUAUACAAACUAGAUUUAAAUGGAACAGCAACAUUGAUUGAAAAAUCAAAAUUAAGUCUUGUGACAGAAUUUGAUGAUGAUAUAAAUACAUUUGAACGUUUUCGAUGGAUGUGUAUAUUAUCAGGUUGUGACUAUUUAGAGAGUUUACCAAAUGUUGGUUUAGCCAAAGCAAAGAAAUUACUACGAAUAACAAAACGAAAAGAUAUCGAUGUGAUUCUCAAGCACAUGCCAAUUAAUUUAAAAAUGAAUAAUUUAAAAGUUAGUGAAAAUUAUAUUGAAGCAUUUAAACGAGCAGAUUUGACAUUUCAAUUUCAAGUUGUAUUUGAUCCAUUGAUACGACAAUUAACUUCAUUGAAUCCAUUACCAGAUGAUAUUAAUAAAAAUGACAUAGAAUUUGCUGGACGUUAUGAUGAUAAUGAAAUUGCUUAUCAACAAGCCAUUGGCAAUUUGAAUACAAAGACAAAACAACGUAUUGAUGAUUUUGAUCCAAAACAGUGGAAUGAUUACAAGCCACCGACUACAUCGACAUCGUCAUUUUUUAUUCCUCCCUAUAUGAAAUCAAUCUGGAAAGUUGGAUAUAAAUGUCGUUCAAAACCAUUUUCUAUCAGCAGUCAAUCGUCUUCAAAAGAGUCAAUACCGAAUACACAAUUAUCAUCAUCUUUCUCUAUGACAAGUAUUAUUCAUAAGCGAAAGGCCAAAAAUAGUGAAAUACGACCAAAAAUAUCAUCAACUAUGGCAUUAAUUGAAUCAACAAGUUCAAUAUUACAAUCGUAUACAACAAAUAGGGACGAUGAAAUAAAUAAUAGUAGUCAGAUAUUAGCAACGAGUCCCAUUGCAAAACAUGUAUCAAAAUCACCAUUUGCAAUAUCAGCCAUUUCUCCUAAACUUGAAUAUCAUACAACAAUGAUAACUAAUAUUCAAGUUGUUGAAAAACAUAAUAGUUUUGAUAAAUUCGAUCGUGAUACAAAGAGUCGAUUUUUUUCAAAUAAAGAAACAUCAUUAACUAACAAUAGUGUAUUUGAUCUGAUAGAAACAAACGAUAAUAUUCUUGUGCCUGAUUCUGAAGAAGAUGAUGACAUUCCAUCAACGAGUAGAAAACGUUUAAAACAAUUUGACUUAAAUGAUGAACAAUCAACAUUAUCAUUAUUUUCAUGUCCAGAUAUUUCGUUUUCAACUCAAAAUUCAGAUAUAACAAAUGGAAUAGGUUCACAAGAAGAAAGAGGAAUUUUAAAAAAGAAAUCAUCAAAUUUAGAUGAAUUUAAGUUACGUAAACCGAAAAAGAUAAUUGAACAAACUCAAUCUGAAGAAGAAAAUAACGAACAAUCAAGUGAUUUUAAUACUACAUCAAAUGAAGCUCUUGAUCUUUCAAUUUCAACACAAAAAUCUCCGCGUAUGGUACUAAGUUAUUUCAAAACACAAUAUGAAAAACAACGUUCUCCUCGCAUGGUUCGUCCGGUUUAA